GGCCGGGGCAUCCCUGUUCCUUCGCUGCUUCGGAGUUCAGCCAGCGCUCGCAGUCAGCGUCGCACUCCGUCGAGGCACUCCUCGUGCCACUGCGGACAGAGUCAAAGCAGGGUGGAUCGUGGCCGAGCAGGAACGAACGGUGAGGAUACUGCUCUGGCACGUAACGUACGAGCAACGACAGAGUGGUCGAGGACGAUGGCAAUUGAAACAACUAAGAAGUUUGUUAGCGAUCGAUCGAUGUGCGUGGACUCGUGGUAGACACUUUGUUUAUCCGCGAUACAGCGGGCGCCCCCCGGUUUCGUUCCUGGGACGGUUCAAAAGCGGCAUCAUCAGCAACAGGGUGUCAACUGUAUCCAUACAACAUCAGCAUCAGUAUAAAGAUGCCUGCCCGUGGGCUUAUUACCAGGGUCAAGAACUCAGAAGCAAGGCUCAUCUACAUGGCCACCAAGUACAUCGUCGGAUCGGUGGCGGCCUCCUUCGCCUUCGCCUACGCCUGCGGCGUCUACCUCGCCGACAGGAAGGUCCUCGGAGGCACGACGCCUCGCACCGUGGCGACGAGCGAGUGGUGGCAGGAGACGGACAGGAAGUUCCAGGCGUGGCCGCGCACCGCCGGCCCGCCGGUCGCCAUGAACCCCAUCAGCCGCCAGAACUUCGUCGUCAAGCCGUCCUCCGAGACCUGAUGAAGGCGUCCCAACGAAGAUCGAUGAUGACAGGGCGCUGCCCUGCUACACCGAUCUGCGUCUCGUUUUCCGGUUCCAAACAAAUCGACAAGCAAACGUGCAUCGUCGAUCUCUUGCUGUGUUAUGACGAUGCCGUGUAGUGCUGACAUGUUGCAGUAGCUUUAUGUUUCAGCAAGGACUUGUCGAUCGAAGCACUAGACACGCGUUAUUGAACCUUGCAUUCUGUUCUGAGAA